CUUGGUUGAACGACGAUGGCUGCCCCAUCCAAUGGGAAGAAACUCGUUCACUGGGAGGCCAAUAGUCCUGACAUAUUGAACACCAGUGACGACUCGCUGUCAUUGUCCCUCCCAAACGACUCUACGGAAUCAUCUUUCGUUUCCACCUCCAGUCUUCAAUAUGUCAACGCUCAACUUGUGGCGCAUGGAUUUAUAUCGACACCAGGGUUGUCCUUAGAAGGGAUCUCAAAUGAGGAUUUGAAUCGAGUGACGAAGUGUUUGAUGGAUCUUCUGGCUCAGAGAGUGAAAGAUAUGGCUCGAGCUGAACAGCUCGCUUCCAAUAUACGGACAAUGAGCUACGAACACGAGCGCAUGAAAUCUAUGCAUCAAGCGGCGUCUGAAAGUUCAGCCAAUUUCGAACGAGAACUCAACACACAACGGUCUCGAUUAGCGACGAUGGCUCGUACCUUGCAGCAAGCUGAGAACGCACAGAAACAAACCAUGCUAGAUCUCCAGCGUACCCGUUCUGCAUUGCAAACCGUUCGGGCAACCCAACAAACCGAGCUCAAGAAGAAGGACAAGGAAAUGGAACGCAUGACUGAAAAAUGGCUAAAAAUCGCGGACUCUCAGGCGAAGCUUGGAUCUGCCUUUAGUGGAAUACGCUUUUCCUCCACUCCAGCCAACGCUGCCAUACUGGGCGGUGGUCAUUUUGGGAAAGGGAAAGGUUAUCUGGAAACGGCCCUUGAACAGGCUGAAAAGGCCAGAGACCAGCUUUCUUUGGAGAAGAUGGGACUACAGAUGACCAUUCUUCGCGUUGCGAACGAGGUGCAGAGAGUGGUGCACGAGGUGAAGAGGUAUUUGCCAGGUAACUCGAAGGAUGUCGAAGAUCCACCAGCAUUCACACUCGAAACCCUGUUCCCACUGGCACCUACCAAUUUCACGAACGACACGUUGACUUACUUAUCGAAUUCCCUUGAGCGGUCGCUUUACGUUCUCGAAUUGUAUUACCGGGAUUCACUCGCCGUCUCAUCGUCGACAGCUAAGCAGUCACAACCUUCGGUCUCUGUCGAGGAGACCGAACGACUACAAGGCAUUGUUGAGAAAUUACAGGGCGAACUGAAAGAGUCGCGAGUACAGCACAUAAACGUAGACUUGAUUGCAGUUCACGAACGGGAAAGGGAAUUUGAACGCCUUAUAACGCUGAAGCGAGAGCUGGAAGAGGAAAGGCGAGCAUUUACUGAAGCUACUCUACAGCUCAGUAAGGAAAAGGCCGAAAUCCAGGUAGAGAGAGCCAGCCUUGACGAAGAGAAAAGAAAGCUCCAGGAGGAACCCAUGUUGGUGGACUUGCCUGCAAUCGAAACGAGUUCUGGCUCGUCAACCCAUUCCCCUACAAGGAAGAGGCGAAAUACAGAAGAUUCGCCGCCAUCAAAGAAACUCAAAAGCAAACCUCCACGGAGAUCACCGCUCAAGGCUAGUUUUGGCAAGGGUUUGAAUGGAUCGCGUAGCAGCAAACGACCUUCGCUUUCCGCUUCAUAUACAGUCCUGACGUCGCCUUCCAAGAAACCACCCAAGUUUGAGCCAGCAUACGAAACGGAAGUCAUUCCUUCAUCGUCACUUGUACCGCCUAGUUCACUCCUUCCGAACUCCUUUGUCCUUCCACCGCCAUCUCCCAAGGCCUCUUUCCCCGCUCCUCAACCAGCCCUGUUACUUUCAACUCCAUUUGAGAUACCUGCAGCACACGAUACGGUUCAGACCUCAUCGGUUGCUGAGACUGAUAGCAAAGUCUCAGCUCCACCCAGGACGUCCAUUCCGGCGGGCGCACCAAUCGCAGUCCCAGAAUCCCCCGGAGAACUUCCACGUACCCUCCCCUUCCCCAGGGCAAAACCAUUAGCACCACGGAUGAUUCAUGCUUACUCUCCUGCUCGACCAAGUCCACUCAGUCGUAUCUUAAUGUUGAGCAACUCCCCGGACUCCAAUACUUCAGACGACCUGGGGUCAUUGGAUACGGUUCCCGAGGAAGACAUGUUUCCUGAAAUUCCCUUGGAGGAUAGGGAGGCUGCAGCAGAUCUACCUCCAGAAUCAUCGGAGGAACAAGGUCCUCCUAUGACGUUGGCACAAGAACUUGGAGUUUCAGAGUCACCUCCUGAUAGCCCUCCUGGUCUCGGGUUGAUGAGAUCACUUUCUCCUCCGUUACAAGGGAGGAGGGUGGAUUCGACUGCGGUUAUCGCAGGGAAGUCGACUACUACAAGGGGACGAGUUUUACAUGCAUCCUCAGGACCUGGUACUAAAACGAAAGGAACCGCCACGGGUGGGACUAAGAGUACUGUUCCCUUGAAACGAAAACCUCCGCCAACGAACGCCGGACCCACAACCCGACCUGGUGCUCCAGUAUCCAAGGAUAUCGGCGUGAAGGAGAAGGAGAAUAAGGGAAAGGCUACUACUUCCAAUACUCAACCGAGUGCUGAUCCACCUCGACCGAAGCUAAAGCCUUCAAUUUCUGGUGCGGGUAUGGGUCGGGGCGCACCACGGCGGGUGCCAGUUGGUAGUGCAGAUGCACCGCCGCCCGUCAAGUCCAGGAGAUGA